UCCCUGCCCCCUCUUGUCCCCGUCCUCCCUGCCCCCUCUUGUCCCCGUCCUCCCUGCCCCCUCUUGUCCCCGUCCUCCCUGCCCCCUCUUGUCCCCGUCCUCCCUGCCCCCUCUUGUCCCCGUCCUCCCUGCCCCCUCUUGUCCCCGUCCUCCCAACUUCUCCUCAGUCUUUUCCUUGUGUCUUCACAGAGGACAUCUCUCCAUCUGCUGCUGUUGAGGGUGGAUACCAACACAGGAGCCGGACAGAGCGCCUGGACAUAUGGGCCCGAGGAAUCGGCGUACGUACAGAACGGAUAUUAUGGAAACAGCUAUAGAGGCUGCGCCGGAAAAUGCUGA